CCGAGGCUUAGUGUUUCUCCAAUAGAAACGAGAACUUUUAUUUUCGCUUGUGAGUCUGGCGGCAGAUAUGGAGGUGUUUAACGUAUUGACUUUUAUCGUUUGUGUAACGAUCGUUGUCCAGAUAAAUAGCUCCCCCCUUCCAGGUCAUCACCAUGUUCAUCAUAGGAUAAUCGUACCGCAGAAGAUCAAAACAAUCUACCACACGAAAAUAGUAAAGGUGCCGGAGCACCACCAUUACUUCCACGAGAAGGAAAAGAUUAUACAGCUGGAGACUUCUCAUCACAAAGAUGACCACAAAGAGGAAUAUAAAGAUCUGAAGUACCCCCACUUCGAUCAUGACGAGGAUUUCGAUGACUUCUCAGACUUUCAUCCUGGACAUCACCAUUAUGGUGGUGAGAGGCAUAAUAUUUUCAAGAAGCACGCGGUUGUCCCGAAAAAUCGCAAAAGGACAAGAGCACAACGCAAAAGGGAAAAACACCAUGAAGAGGAAUAGUAUUGAUUAUAGGAAAUUUCUUGUUAUUGCAUUCAAUAUCCAUUUCUCGUUUUUAUUAGAGUUUGCUGUGAUAUAAAACUACCUACCUACUUAAUAUUAUGUUGCUUAGCCUAAAGUGCUGAUUUGUAGAGUGAAAUUCACGUACUUUCGGAUCAAUCAGAUUAA